AUGGCAAGAAAAAUGAAAGAAAAAUUUGACAAGUAUUGGGGAUCAAUUGAAAAGAUGAAUAUGGUUUUGUAUUAUGGUGUGAUACUUGAUCCACGUCACAAAUUGGGGUUUGUAGAAUUUUCCUUUGAUAAAUUAUAUAGUGGUAUUGGACAAAGUGAUGCAAUGAAAGAGAGAGUAUGGGAUAGUCUUCAUGAGUUGUUCAAUGAUUACAAGUUAAGAUAUGGACACACUCUUCAAGGAACUUUAGAAAGUCCGGGUUCAUCGUCUAGUCGUGUUUCUUCAUCUUCUUCCUCAUCAAAGGAAAUGUUUAUGCAUGAUGAAGAGAACGAGACUCGCAGGUUUUCUUUACAACAAGAAUACAUGUUGUACAUGACAGGAGGAAAAGAUCACGUAAAAUCAGAGUUAGAGAAGUAUCUCGGUGAGGAUGUUGAAGAGUAUAGGGAAAAGUUUGAUAUAUUAAAAUGGUGGAAAGUGAACACUCAAAGGUUUCCGAUUCUCUCAAAGAUGGCUCGAGAUAUAUUGGCAGUUCUUUGGAUCCGAUUCAAAGCCAAUAAGCAUAGAAGAAGAUUUAAGUGA